AUGGCCCUCAAGCGCAUCAACAAGGAAUUGAUUGAUCUCGGCCGUGAUCCUCCCUCCUCCUGCAGCGCCGGGCCUACUGGUGAUAACAUGUUCCAGUGGCAAGCUACGAUUAUGGGACCCGGUGACUCUCCAUAUGCUGGCGGUGUCUUCUUCCUCUCCAUUACAUUCCCCACCGAUUACCCUUUCAAACCUCCUAAGGUCAGCUUCACGACCAAGAUCUACCACCCUAACAUCAACGCCAAUGGUUCCAUUUGCUUGGAUAUCCUACGAGACCAAUGGUCGCCCGCCCUUACGAUCUCAAAGGUCUUGUUAUCCAUCUGUUCGAUGCUGACAGACCCGAACCCCGACGAUCCUUUGGUACCUGACAUUGCUCAUUUGUACAAGACAGAUCGCACUCGUUAUGAGGCAACUGCUAGGGAGUGGACAAGGAAAUAUGCCAUGUAG